AUGAUUACCAAGAAUAUGACAAGGGCUACGGCCUUGAUGAUCGUGGCGGCAUUGGCUGCCCAGAGUGUCAAUGCUGCCGAUGACUUUAACUAUCGCAAGACCGAAGGAAGAGAUUACGGUCCAGCAGAUUGGGACGAGGUCAGCUGUAACGACUUGAGUACUUGUCCUGGAUGGCCGGACAAGCACUUGGGAUCCGUUGGAAGAUUCAAGUUGACUGAUUGGCCCAACAAUUGUGCAUGGUGUCCCAUUGAAGGAAACAACUGUGGGCAGCAUCGACAAUCUCCAAUUGAUCUACAGCGUGAUCGUGCUGAUCCCAAUAGCCCCAACUGGAAGGAGUGCGAAGAUUGGCAUUGGAUGCACUUCAAGGACGGAACUUGUGACUGGAACGAUGUCGAGGAUCAGUUUGUUAUUACUAGAAGUGGUCUUCAACACAAAAUUCCAGUGAAGAGCAACGGAGAUAUCGAUUGUAAGGCAAAUAACGGUGAACGUAGAUUUCCAAAGUUGGACUACAGUAAGGGAUAUCAGGAUUGGUGGUUUUUGUCGCAAACGGAAAUCACGGUACCUAGUGAGCACGUUCAACACGGAAAGCGAUAUGCUGCGGAAGUUGUUCUUUCCCACUUUUACGAAUUCAAACAUGCAUGGAACCAUGUCGGUAAAGUUGCAAUCUUUCUUCAGGAUUAUGAAGGGGAAGCGCCUUGGCAUUUUCUAGACAAGCUCAUUUGUAGAUGGCGUAGAGAGGAAGAGAAGGCCCGUAGCAAGUGUAACCUUCCACCAGCACCUGUUUACAAGAUGUGCGAAUUGUACCGUGGUCAGACCAGAUCGGCAGAGGAUUUCGAUAGCCCAACGGAACAAGUCACCUAUCCAACCUAUACACCUUUGGUAGCACCCAGGGCUAUUCCGAUUUUUAAUUAUGGUGGAACGCCUCCAUUGGAAGUCAAGCCAUUGCAGCUUUGUCAGGGAGAUUGCGAUUUCCCAACCGAUUGUGCCAAAGGAUUGAUCUGUCACCGUCGUGACGCCUAUGAAUCUGUCCCAGGUUGUAUUGGCGGAGAACAAGAUUCUACCAAUACUGAUUACUGUGUGUUUGACGUCUACGGAGAGGGCUACAGUCGUCCUACCGAUGCCCCAACCCAAAACCCGACCAUCACUCCCUCUCCGACUCUUUCCCCUCGAGAACCAAAGCCCUUGCAAUUCUUUGGAAGUACUCCACCAGCAGACAAAUUGCCUCUUCAUAUCUGUCAGGGAGAUUGCGAUUUUGAUGAAGACUGCGGCGAAGGUUUGAUUUGUUAUCAAAGAGACGAAAAUAUGCCCGUUCCAGGAUGUAUUGGCGAUGACGCAACGAAGACUGAUUACUGUAUUCUUGAUCCUUAUGGAGAUGGAUCGUACACAUUUCCUCCCACUGUUGUUCCUUCGAGAAACCCAAGUCAAGCUCCAUUUGUCCGUCCAACUGGGCCAGAGAAAGUCAUUGCGAACCUUGGAUGGGAACCACCCACACCAAUCGGCGAGUGCAAGGGAGAUUGCGACGAAGAUUCUGAUUGCGACCUUCACAUGAUAUGCUUUCAGAGGAAUAGACAGUUUGAACCUGUUCCGGGGUGUAUCGGAGGAGAGAUGGACUCGACUCUCACGGACUAUUGCAUCUACAAGACUAUGGAACCAACUCAGCAACCAAUCCAAGGCCCAACCACUGAUCCAACGGAUAAACCCACUCCCGCACCAACCAAUCCAGUUCCAACUCAGACCCCCUCAGUUUCACCAACAAAUCCAUUCAAAAGAGGUACAAUCAAGUUCCUUGGAUGGAAGCCUGCGAAGCCCUUCCUAGAAAUGUGUGAAGGAGACUGCGACAGAGACGAGGAUUGUCUCCAAGGACUCUUGUGUUUUGACCGCAAGGUUAUCACCGACGAAGUCCCCGGUUGUGAUGGAAGUGACUUCGAAGAAGGCUUGUCCGACUACUGUUUCGACCCUCGCGUAUACGACAUUGCAGAUCCGACUGCUAAACCCACCGAGACUCAGCCUACCAAAGCCCCAACCAAGGGUCCCACUCCUGGACCAACCAAAGAGCCUACAAAGGCUCCAGUUGCACCUACAUCCGAGCCAACUGGUCCAUUGCCUUCCGCUUCACCUUCUACAAGAGCAACUGAAGCGCCAGUCACAGAUGGACCUACACUUGAUCCUGUUCAGCGCCUAUGCUUGGUCCAUCCUAAGUGCCAAUUGCAGGGUCUAGUGGGAUACUGCUGCCCAUCCAUUCAAGGCGAUUAUCUGGAUUGUUGCGAAACCGGUGCUCCAACCACAGCUCCUAUCGUUUCAGUUCCAACUAGAAAGCCGCCUACUGCUGCCCCUGUUACAUCUCCAACAGAGGCUCCAGUGCCUGCGCCAACUACCCCUCCAGCUUCGAACGGUGGACAAAGUGAGCAAAGCGAUUUAGAAUUUGUUGGCUGGAGCCCAACAGAAAAAUUGAAGAUUUGUCAGGGAGAUUGCGACGUCAAUCAAGACUGUGACGAAGGCUUGACUUGUUAUCAACGUUACAAUGCGUAUGAUCCAGUUCCCGGUUGUGCUGGGGGCGAAGUAGAUGAUAGUCUUGCCGAUUUUUGCAUUGAGAUUGGCGCAUCUUUUGAAACUUCCGACACAAGUUUCCCAACAAUCGCGCCAACAAAGGGAACAAAGCAGCCUUCAGCGGGUCCUACAAAGACACCGACAGACAAGCCCACAGAAGCACCAACCGAGGAACCUCUUAAGCAGGACAAUCAAGUAGUGUCAAACAUCAACUGUAAUGCUGAAAAGUACGAGGACCUGGGAGUCAACUUCAAUCGAAUGUGUAAACCGGACAGUUGCUGUUCUAUUCCCAGAAAAUCGGGAGGCUUUUGCGAACGCAUGUACACAGCAUUGGGAGACGAAGUGGAAUCUGCAUGUUAUCAUUGUUGUGCUGCGGCAGAGAGCGCUGGCUAUCCAAAGGAGGUCGGGCCAGCAGCCGAGGACAAUCCUAGAAUUCCGAAGUCGAUCGAGUGUGAUCAAGUUGAUGAAGCGUUUAAGAUCUGUAGACGAGAUAGCUGUUGUGAUGGAGAUAUGGGCUCUUCUUUCUGUAAAUCUCAACUUGCGCUCUAUCCUGGCCAUAUGGAGAGCAUCUGUUGGUACUGUUGUUACCCCUCUUAUGAAGUCGAUGUAGAUAGCCGCCGUCUCUCCGCUGGUGAAACUGGACUUGAAGACAUUGAACACAAAGAGGGUGAUCGAACCUCGUACGAUGAUCAGGGUCGACGCGUACUCUUGCGUGAAGAGAACUACGCCGAGGGUCAUGGCACAGAAGAAGAGCAGCAGGAAUACUUUGAGGAGAUUUACUCUGCUCACCAGCGAAGAGAACAGGAAACUCCUGUCAUUGAGAACUAUGAUGAUAUUUUCUGGUGGCCAUAUGAAUGGCUACUCAAGGUUGGAUCUGAGUACUAUUUCCGUUAUGAAGGUACCCAGACUACGCCCCCUUGCAUCAAUAAGGCUCACUGGCGCAUGAUGAAGGAUCCAAUCCGUGUUGCGCCUCAUCAAAUCAAGGAGCUAGAGAGACUGGUUGCAUGGAGAAUCAACGACCAGUGCCAGGCAGAUACUGCUGGAAAGCCACGAGGAGAUGGCAACCUUGAUGCAGUUGAUGUUGCUCGACCACUGCAGAGUUACAACGAAUUGCAUCGCAUGGUCUUCUGCGAAUGCCAAGAUUGGCCUUCGAAGUUCCCUCAAGAAAGAAGCUGGUGCCGCAACUGGAAGACUAGAGAUCCUUCCAUUCGUUUUGAGGAAAAUCCAUACAACUGGAACCAAAAGGGUUUCUAA